GAACAAGACAGAAGGAAAAUCUUGCGCAGUAGUAGGUGCGCGCAGAGAAGGGGCGGGAGUGCCUUUUGAUUGGCUUAAAAGCAGAAACACUGUCCUCUUGUCUAGCUUCUGAAUAGUCAACGCUCGCUGUCUGUCAAAAUAGGUUUAAAGCAAUCACCGCCUCCACCAGCAGCGACGGGGAGGAAGGACAGGAUGAGGAGAAUGCGACCGCCAUGUUAGUUCAGGCUCGCCUGUUGCGGUUGCUGCUGUCGCGCACCAGGAAGGAGGCGGAGACGCCGGAACAAGCCCGACCGCUGGCGGAGCCGUUGCGGUUUGCUAGGCGGGGCACCCACAGAAGUGACGGCGGCAGCAGCUGCUGUUGCGGCGGGCGAGUCCCCGCGUUGCUGCCGCCGCCGCCGCUGCCGCAACAGCAGCAGAGGGUGGUGCUGAUGCGGCUAGUCGGGAGCAGCUCGCGACCGGGUCGCAGAGGUGGCUGUUGAGGAAGUGGGGCCCCGGCGUGGCUGGGGGACGGCGGCGGCCGGCGAAAGCGCAGGAUGCCGUUGAGUGCGUCGCCGCCGCCCUCUGCGACCCCCGGUUCCUGCGCGGAGGGGAAGGGGCUCCCCCGAGGCUGAAGCGCCUUUCUCUCCUCUUCCCCUUCCUCCUCGCCCCUUUCCUGGGUUUUCGUUAUUUCCUUUCUCCCGCCAAGCAGUCCCAACUCGGUGAACCUGCCGCAGGGGGGUGGGGAGGAGAUCCUUCUCCCUUCCUUCCUUCCCUGCCGCCGCCGGUUUCUCGUCUACCUUCCUCCCUCCCUCCCUUCCUUCUGGGACCGCUGCUGGAAGAUGGCGUGGGUGCUGAAGAUGGACGAAGUGAUCGACUCCGGGCUGGCGCACGACUUCGAUGCCAGCCUCUCCGGCAUCGGGCAGGAGUUGGGCGCCGGCGCCUAUAGCAUGAGUGAUGUUCUAGCGCUGCCCAUUUUCAAGCAAGAAGACUCUAGCCUUCCACCUGACAACGAUGCAAAACAUCCACCAUUUCAAUAUGUUAUGUGUGCUGCAACCUCUCCAGCAGUCAAGUUACAUGAUGAAACCCUCACUUACUUAAAUCAAGGUCAGUCCUACGAAAUCCGCCUGUUAGAUAAUCGAAAAAUGGGAGAUAUGCCAGAGAUCAGUGGUAAACUGGUGAAGAGUAACAUAAGAGUUGUGUUCCAUGAUAGAAGAUUACAGUACACUGAGCACCAGCAGCUAGAGGGUUGGAAGUGGAAUCGCCCUGGCGACAGACUACUUGAUUUAGAUAUUCCUAUGUCAGUUGGAGUAAUUGAUGUAAAGACAAAUCCAAGCCAGCUCAAUGCAGUUGAAUUUCUCUGGGAUCCUGGAAAACGCACAUCUGCCUUUAUUCAGGUACACUGUAUCAGCACUGAAUUUACACCUCGUAAACAUGGAGGUGAAAAAGGAGUUCCUUUUAGAAUUCAGGUUGACACUUUUAAAGAGGCAGAGAAUGGAGAAUACACUGAUCAUCUUCAUUCAGCAAGCUGCCAAAUCAAAGUGUUUAAGCCGAAAGGGGCAGAUAGAAAACAGAAAACAGACAGAGAGAAAAUGGAGAAACGAACUGCUCAUGAAAAAGAAAAGUAUCAGCCUUCAUAUGACACUACAAUUCUCACAGAGAUGAGGCUUGAGCCUAUAAUUGAAGAUGCAGUUGAACAUGAGCAGAAAAAGUCCAGCAAGCGGACUUUGCCAGCAGACUACGGUGAUUCUCUGGCAAAGCGAGGCAGUUGUUCACCAUGGCCUGAUACGCCUACUGCAUUUGUGAACAAUAGUCCUACCCCAACUCCAGCUUUUACCUCUACUCCACAUAAUACUUACAGUGUCCCAGACAGUAAUUCAUCAUCUCCAAAUCACCAAGGAGAUGGCAUUCCCCAGACAUCUGCAGAACAACUUCAUCCGUCAGCCACAAUCCAGGAAACCCAACAAUGGUUGCUUAAACAUAGAUUUUCCACUUAUACAAGGCUGUUUUCAAAUUUCUCAGGUGCUGAUUUAUUGAAACUGACAAGAGAAGAUCUGGUACAAAUCUGUGGUCCAGCUGAUGGAAUUCGGCUAUACAAUGCACUUAAAUCAAGGUCAGUUAGGCCACGUCUAACAAUCUAUGUAUGUCAGGAGCAAUCAAGAAGUGUGCAGCUGGAAAGGCAGCAAGACUCAGGCAGUGGAGAGAGCAGGAAUGGUGCAAUAUAUGUUUAUCAUGCAAUCUACUUGGAAGAAAUGGCUGCCUCAGAAGUCACUCGCAAACUUGCUUUGAUAUUCAAUAUUCCUUUACAUCAGAUUAACCAGGUUUACAGACAAGGUCCUACUGGCAUUCAUAUUCUUGUCAGUGACCAGAUGGUUCAAAACUUUGAAGAUGAGAGCUGCUUCUUAGUUACCACAGUAAAAGCUGAAAAUGGCGAAGGCUUCCAUAUAAUUUUGAAGUGAUGUUGCCAUACCUGUGAUGGACUGAUAUUCCAGUAUAGAAUGAAGUCAUGCUCAAGAAUGACAAAUAAGAUCACGUCUCUUCAGGGAUCUGACUUCACCAUAUAGAAUGUUUCAUAUUGAAAACACAAGAUGACCUUUCUAAUGAGCUGUUUAGUAGAUGAACUUAUCACUGCCAUAGCCAAAUGUCCUCAUAAGAGGUAUAAAUGCCAUGACAGCUUGUGUACAGGCAUGGAAAAAACAAAGUAAGCAAAGGUGUUUGCCCUUCUUCUGAAAUAAGGCAAGCUAUGGCCAGUAGAUGCAGUUGCUAGAAGCAGUUCUAUUACACUGUAUCCAGUUUGAAUGUAAACUUAUUCUGGGCAUUUACCUUUCUGUGCCAGUUUGUCUAUUACUUGCUUGUACCUUUUUAUGCUGAUUUUAUUUUUUGAUGUUAGCAGAGCACAUAGCAAUUUGUGUGGAGAUAAGUAGUAAAGAUGAUAGCAAUCAGGUUUUUGGGUCUUGAGAGUAAAGCUGUCAAAACAGCAACCUCUGUGUACAUUGUGUAUAAGCGUGAAUGUAAGAAGUGUAAAUGUCAGAGUUGGACUUCUUAGUCCUAGCCAGAUGAAAAUGAAGCAUGCAGCAGAAUGCAUUACCAUGAGUACCUAAUUGAGAGGAUUAGUAUAAAUCCUGUGAGGUACUGUAUUUUGCUUUGUAACAGGUUCAUUGGAAAAGAUCUGCCUAUGCAGCUUGUCUUUUUGUUUUUGUUUUUUCUAAGAAGCACUGUUGUAAUUCAGUGUGUGUGGUGUUUUUUUAAAAUCACAUGAUUUAACAGUAAUGAGUUGGGACUUCCGAAUGGAGAAAAAGGGAAUGUCACUUUCACCAAAGAACAAUUUUGAAGCAUUAAGCAAGAAUCUGUAAAUCGCUCACUAAAACCACCAGUUAAGUUAUAGGCCAUUGUCUUUCCAUGAUGGCUCCUAGGCAUGAAUUGUCACUUCCUUUUUCUCUGCUUUUCUGGGAGGACCAUUGUUACAGUGCCUCUUCCAUACAACCAAAUACUUGACUGGUAAUGGCAUACCUUAAUGAAGUACUGCAAAAAUAUUGCAACAGAAGAUCAGAGAGAACUAUCCAUAGAUACAUCAAGAAGAGAGAUAUGCAUCAGUAUGGGUACUUGUGGGAGGCUCUCACACAUACAACUCAGGUGCUUCAACACCAUGGUCUGUGUGUAUGCCCCUUUACCAAAUAGUUGGCGUUUUGAAUGGUGUAGUGCAUGUUAGAACAAAACACUUCAUCAUAGCAGUAUGUCAAAUACUGCUUUUAAAAAUUUCAUUCCCAUAUCUGAUUAUGCCUGGGCUACAUAUGUAAAGUCUAAUUAGUAUUUUUAAAGAAAAUCUUAUAAUUAGAAUGAGUGCUUGCUCCCCCUGCCCCAUCACCUGUGACUUAGACUAUUCUGCACUGAUGGAGAUGGGGAGUGGAGUUUGUAAACCUAGUUAGAGUAUUUUGAGUUUUCCCUUCUUUUAAAUUAUUUUUGGGUGUAUUUAGAUGUCUUGAAUUGGCUUGACCUGUCAUCUCAGCACCAUUUUUCAAAUCUGGAGAGUUUUCAGUCACUAAAUUCUAAAUGCUGUAUAGUAGUUUGGUUCACUUGGAAUUAAUUAUGGCACCAGCAAAUUGCUUUUGUUUUAAAAUAAGAUGUGCACAUUUCAAUUUCAGUAAAAACAUUUUCUAAUA